AUGGAGAAGCAGGUGGUGCAGCAGGCCAGGGAGGCCUUCCUCGCGGGGCGGUCGCGACCCCUGGAGUUCAGAGUUCAGCAGCUCAAGUCCCUCCAGAGGAUGAUCACAGACAGACAGGGAGAGAUCGCCACUGCCCUCAAACAGGACAUCAACAGGGUAAGCUUCAAAACAUACAGUAGUUUAUAAAUUGGAGCUGUGGUAGUCUGAGGCCAUGAGCCUUGUAAAUAAGUCACAAACUAACACGGCUCUGAACUAUGAAUUCUCUCUUCCUCAGGCUGCCUUUGAAAGUUUAAAGUGUUGGGAGUAACCUGUACAAAUACAUGGACUUAUACAUGUUGAUCAUUUUGCUAAAUUGUUCAGGAAGUUUACCGUGGAAAUACCCAUAUCUCACAUCAAUAAACCUCACCUUGCGUUUCCACAGAGCCAGUACGACACCCCGCUGUUGGAGCUGAUCGGCCUGGAGAAUGAGAUCAGCCUGGCUGUGUCGAAGCUGGCCCAGUGGGCUGCUCCUCGGCCUGUAGAGAGGAGCCUCCUCACCAUCUCAGACCAGGUACAGUAUGGACGACCUGUCUUAGCACUACAUCAGUCCUUUACAUCAGCCAUUUACAUCAGUCCUUUACAGCAGCCAUUUACAUCAGUCCUUUACAGCAGCCAUUUACAUCAGUCCUUUACAGCAGCCAUUUACAUCAGGCCUUUACAGCAGCCCUUUACAGCAGUCCUUUACAGCAGUCCUUUACAUCAGCCAUUUACAGCAGUCCUUUACAGCAGUCCUUUACAGAAGUCAUUUACAUCAGUCCUUUACAGCAGCCCUUUACAGCAGCCCUUUACAGCAGCCCUUUACAGCAGUCAUUUACAUCAGUCCUUUACAGAAGUCCUUUACAGCAGUCCUUUACAGCAGUCCUUUACAGCAGUCCUUUACAUCAGUCCUUUACAGCUGCCAUUUACAGCAGUCCUUUACAUCAGUCAUUUACAGCAGCCAUUUACAGCAGCCAUUUACAGCAGCCCUUUACAGCAGUCCUUUACAUCAGUCCUUUACAGCAGCCAUUUACAGCAGUCCUUUACAGCAGUCCUUUACAACAGUCCUUUACAUCAGUCCUUUACAUCAGUCCUUUACAUCAGUCCUUUACAGCAGUCCUUUACAGCAGUCCUUUACAGCAGUCCUUUACAGCAGUCCUUUACAGCAGUCCUUUACAGCAGCCCUUUACAGCAGUCCUUUACAGCAGUCCUUUACAGCAGUCCUUUACAGCAGCCAUUUACAGCAGUCCUUUACAUCAGUCCUUUACAUCAGUCCUUUACAUCAGUCCUUUACAGCAGCCAUUUACAGAAGCUAUUUACAGCAGUCCUUUACAGCAGCCAUUUACAGCAGCCAUUUACAUCAGUCCUUUACAUCAGUCCUUUACAGCAGUCCUUUACAUCAGCCAUUUACAGCAGUCCUUUACACUUAACUACACUGUUAGAAACAAAAUUAUAUCUAUAACCUAAAAUGGUUCUGCCGCUAUCCCAUUUGAAUAACCCUUUCAACAGAGGGUUCUACAUUAAACCCAAAAGGGUUCUACCUGGAACUCAAAAGGGUUCUUCCAUGGGGAUGCCGAAUACCCUUUUGGAACCUUUUUUUCUAACUGUGUAUGUAUGUAAAUGAUUUAGACACUGACUGAGGGCCCGGGGAUUAAUAAAGUUGAAUUGAAUGUAAUGUAAUUGAAGGUGUACAUCCAGCCGGAGCCCCUGGGAGUGGUCCUCAUCAUCGGGGCCUGGAACUACCCCUGGGCCCUCACCCUGCAGCCCCUGGUCGGGGCCAUCGCUGCAGGUACGCCCCCCCCCCCCCCCCCCCCCCCCCCCCCCCCCCCCCCUAUUCCUCCAUAGCUGUGUAAUCUUCAGCUGCCCCCUUCACUCCUACUUUUCCCACCUCUGUAGUUGUCUUUUAUUCAGCUAUGUCUCUCCAUCCCUUCAUCCUUCACCGACAUACACACCAUUAUCCAUCUCCCUAGUUGUCUUGCAUUCUGCUACCACUGAGUGAUGUCAUCCCAUUCACACACACACUAUUAGUGAUGUCAUCCCAUUCACACACUGUUCAUUCUCUCUCUCUCUCUGUAGGCAAUGCAGCUGUGGUGAAGCCGUCUGAGCUGAGUGAAUACUCUGCUAGUCUCCUCAAAGCUCUGCUCCCAAGAUAUCUGGACCAGGUCCUUAUUCUAUUCUCCCUUGUCUGCUGUAGAAGAAUACUGUAUGUCUCCUUAAAGGGAUAGUACGCAGCACGCUUAAAGGGAUAGUAUGCAGCCCGCUUAAAGGGAUAGUACGCAGCACGCUUAAAGGUAUAGUACGCAGCACGCUUAAAGGGAUAGUACGCAGCACGCUUAAAGGGAUAGUAUGCAGCACGCUUAAAGGGAUAGUACGCAGCACGCUUAAAGGGAUAGUACGCAGCACGCUUAAAGGGAUAGUACGCAGCCCGCUUAAAGGGAUAGUACGCAGCCCGCUUAAAGGGAUAGUACUCAGCACGCUUAAAGGGAUAGUACGCAGCACGCUUAAAGGGAUAGUACGCAGCACGCUUAAAGGGAUAGUACUCAGCACGCUUAAAGGGAUAGUACGCAGCAAGCUUAAAGGGAUAGUACGCAGCACGCUUAAAGGGAUAGUACGCAGCACGCUUAAAGGGAUAGUACUCAGCACGCUUAAAGAGAUAGUACGCAGCACGCUUAAAGGGAUAGUACGCAGCCCGCUUAAAGGGAUAGUACACAGCACACUUAAAGGGAUAGUAUGCAGCACUCUUAAAGGGAUAGUACACAGCAUGCUUAAUUUGCAAGCAUCUUAGCAACUUUGGUUCUGGGGUGACCUGUCCCUUUAACGUUGGGGUCUUUCCAGGAGCUGUACCCUGUAGUGUGUGGGGGCGUGUCAGAGACCCAGGAGUUGCUGCGUCAGCGUUUCGACCACGUCUUCUACACAGGGAACAGCACUGUGGGUAAACUGGUGAUGGAGGCGGCCGCCCGACACCUCACCCCUGUCACCCUGGAGCUGGGGGGGAAGAGCCCCUGUUACAUCGAUAAGGAUGUCGACCUCAGAGUCGCAUGCCGGUCAGUAACCCGAAUGCAGUUCGUAAUAUUUACAUGUGGUCUGUAGUACAUGUAUUCUGUAAUAUAGCAGCCAUAUUGUUGGUCAAGGUAACAGCCCCACCACCUGUUACUAUCAGCGAGAGAUGACAUAGUGAGCUAGCUUUAGCAGUUAGCACUUUGAUAGGGAGUUUUGUACUAGUUAGCAUCUUUGCCUAGCUAGGCAGUUUCAGCUAACGUGUAUUAGUUUAGCAUCGUGGCUAAUGUUUUUGCGGUGGCAGUUGGUGAUGUAGAAAGCUGAGAAAGAUGGGAGGAGCAGGGUUUAAGGGUCAUAGGGUUGCAAAAUUGUGGAAACCUUCCCAAAAUUCCAAGGUUUUCCAGAAAUCCCAUUCGGAAGAUUCCCGGAGCCAGAAGGGAAUAAUCAGGAAAUAUAUAAUCCUCCACCCAGGAUUUCUGAAAAACUAUGGCAUUUGGGGAUUUUUUUCCAGAAUUGUUCAACCAUAAGGGGUCGUUAUAUGUAAUGAGACAACAGCAUGCUUAGCUCCUUUUCCAAACCGUCAACAUCAGAAGGCUUGAAACUGAAAAGAUGUUCAAGGUGGAUGCGAAAGAUGAAAUAUGUAUGGAAAAGAUUCAUGUGGAUGUAUUGAUUUGAUCUCUGUGGGUUUUUUUGGUUUUAGUGUAUUUUUCAUGUUGGUUUUGUUCACCCACCCAGGCGUAUCACGUGGGGGAAGUUUGUGAACUGUGGUCAGACGUGCAUCGCCCCAGACUACAUCCUGUGUGAACCCAGCAUCCAGAACAGAGUGGUGGAGGGCAUCCGGCAGACACUACUGGUCUCUUACCUCAUCUCUAUCUCUUCUGUCUCUACUGUAGCUAGCUAGCAAGAAUGCUACGAUAGCUCUGUGAAUGGAUUACUACUUUUAUUACAUUGUACGUUACUGAACACAGUAUGGUAUCAAUUCAGGUUUUCAAUUCAGUCAAUUCAGGAAGUGAAAUGAAAUUGUUAGAUUCAUAAAUAAAACACUUAGGGAGGGUGGGGGGGGGGGGGGGUCCAUUGUUUUCUAUGGGAAUUUUCCCAAUUCGUGAAUUUAAUUUCAAUUCACUUCCUGAAUUGACCCCAACCCUGAUUGACUGUAGGUACCAACCCGCUACUCUCAGCUAGCAUCUAAUCCACACAUUGUUUUCCUUAAUCCCAGGAGUUUUAUGGGCCUGACCCCAAAUCCUCCCCCUGACUACGGCCGCAUCAUCAACCAGCGCCACUUUAACCGCGUAAUGGCUCUACUGGAUGGCUACACAGCAGCUGUAGGGGGGCAGAGUGACGCGUCGCAGCGCUACAUCGGUACGCAGUCUCAUUGGGUUCACAGAUAUUUGGUGACACAUUAGUUAGCAGUUGGCAGACUUUGAUUGUAAUAGUGCAAUAUAUUUGACCAAGGGUUGCAACAUGCCCGGUACCUUUCCCAAAGUUCCAAGGUUUUCCAGAAAUCACAAUUGGAGAAUUACAUUUGAGUCAUUUAGCAGACGCUCUUGUCCAGAGUAGUGAGUGCAUACAUUUUUAAUUUGUACUGGUCCCCCAUGGGAAUCAAACCCACAACCCUGGCGUUGCAAAUGCCAUGCUCUACCAAGUGAGGCACACGGGACCACGUGUGGCUCAGUUGGAGGAUUCCCUCCCUACUUAGUCCCUCUUGAUUCCAGGAAUCGCCCAACUGGGAUUGCUCUAACUGGGAAUCCUCCAAACUAAGAAUUUACCAUUUUGAGAAUUAUCCAGCUGGGAUUUCUGGAAUGCCUUGGAACUUUGGGAAAGUUCCCCGUAAUGUUGCAAUUGGGAAUCCUCCGGCUGGGAUUUCUGGAAUGCCUUGGAACUUUGGGAAAGUUCCCCGUAAUGUUGCAAUUGGGAAUCCUCCGGCUGGGAUUUCUGAAACACUUGAGAGCUAUGCUUGGUCUGUCAACGACCUUGACCCCUGACCCCUCAGCCCCCACGGUGGUGAAGGACGUGCCCCCCCAGGCUAGGCUGAUGCAGGAGGAGAUCUUCGGCCCCCUGUUGCCCAUAGUGACCAUCAGUGACAUAGACGACGCCAUCCACUUCCUCAACGAGAGAGAGAAGCCCCUGGCGCUCUACGUCUUCUCCUCCAACAAGAAGGUAAGGUCUGGAGGGAGCUAGUGAGCCAGCUAUGGACUAGGGCCUGUGCACCUGUGGAGCUCUUAGAGAACGUUAUUAGUAUAAAGCAACAUGGUGAAACUUCAGAGGACAAGGUGGAGCUUACACCUGCCAAAUCCACUCAAAUCUCCACAAUUGGGCAUAGGGCUUAGGGGUUUAUUUGGGAUUGGGCAUGGGUCACUUUUAGUUGAGCUCCUGUUGAAAUUCAGUUUAUAUUCUGUAAGAAGAUCAUCUGUUACUGUGGCAACAACAACUGUACUUAUUUUGGUAUGUACAGUAUGUAUUUACAUAUGGGGGGCUGAUAAAAGACAUCUGGCUUUCCCCCCCUCUUUCUGUCUCUGUCAAUAAGGUGGUAAAGCGAAUGCUGGCUGAGACCACCAGUGGCGGGGUGACGGUCAACGACGUUAUGAUGCACUACGCCCUCAACUCUCUGCCCUUUGGGGGUGUAGGUAAGAAAACUGUCUUAUAAUACUUUACUCUUAGGCCAAGUCUUUAGGAUACGGCCUAGCCAGUCUUUGGGAUACGGCCUAGCCAGUCUUUGGGAUACGGCCUAGCCAGUCUUUGGGAUACGGCCUAGCCAGUCUUUGGGAUACGGCCUAGCCAGUCUUUGGGAUACGGCCUAGCCAUUCUUUGGGAUACGGCCUAGCCAGUCUUUGGGAGACGGCCUAGCCAGUCUUUGGGAUACGGCCUAGCCAGUCUUUGGGAUACGGCCUAGCCAGUCUUUGGGAUAAGGCCUAGCCAGUCUUUGGGAUACGGCCUAGCCAGUCUUUGGGAUAAGGCCUAGCCAGUCUUUGGGAUACGGCCUAGCCAGUCUUUGGGAUACGGCCUAGCCAGUCUUUGGGAUACGGCCUAGCCAGUCUUUGGGAUAAGGCCUAGCCAGUCUUUGGGAUACGGCCUAGCCAGUCUUUGGGAUACGGCCUAGCCAGUCUUUGGGAUACGGCCUAGCCAGUAUUUAGGAUACGGCCUAGCCAGUCUUUGGGAUACGGCCUAGCCAGUAUUUAGGAUACGGCCUAGCCAGUCUUUGGGAUACGGCCUAGCCAGUCUUUGGGAUACGGCCUAGCCAGUAUUUAGGAUACGGCCUAGCCAGUCUUUAGGAUAAGGCCUAGCCAGUCUUUGGGAUAAGGCCUAGCCAGUCUUUAGAAACUGCCUAGCCAGACCUCUGGUGGAUAUACAGUAUGUUGGCACGCUAGCCGGUAUUGGGCCGAUGCUGGUUAACUGAUGGCAGCUAAUAAGACUAAGCAAUUAACCAAUUAAAAUGUUGAUCUGUGUCCAUAAAUAUAAUUAAAAUAUACAAGCAAGCAUUAGAUAAUGAGUUGGCGUCGAAUAGCAAGAAUUGGUCUGAGAAUUGUCUAUAUCAAAGGCAGAUAUUUAAUUAACAUUGUACAAUGAAUGGAUUCACGUACAAGGCAUAAAGCUUAAGUUACAAGCAUUACAAGGCAUUAUCCCAAGCAUAUACACUACCGGUCAAAAGUUUGGACACCUACUCAUUCAAGGGUUUUCUUUAUUUUGACUAUUUUCUACAUUGUAGAAUAAUAGUGGAGACAUCAAAACUAUGAAAGAACAGAAGAUAGCCCUAUUGACCAAGUCCAUAUUAUGGCAAAGAGAAACGACAGUCCAUCAUUACUUUAAGACAUGAAGGUCAGUCAAUAUGGAAAAUUUCAGUCACAAAAACCAUCAAGCACGAUGAUGAAACUGGCUCUCAUAAGGACCGCCACAGGAAUGGAAGACCCAGAGUUACCUCUGCUGCAGAGGAUAAGUUCAUUAGAGUUACCAGCCUCAGAAAUUGCAGCCCAAAUAAAUGCUUCACAGAAUUCAAGUAACAGACACAUCUCAACAUCAACUGUUCAUAGGGGACUGUGUGAAUCAGGCCUUCAUGGUUGAAUUGCUGCAAAGAAACCACUACUAAAGGACACCAAUAAGAAGAGACUUGCUUGGGCCAAGAAACACGAGCAAUGGACAUUAGACCGGUGGAAAUUUGUCCUUUGGUCUGGAGUCCAAAUUUGAGAUUUUUGGUUCCAACCGCCGUGUCUUUGUGAGACGCGGUGUGGGUGAACGGAUGAUCUCUGCAUGUGUAUUUCCCACCGUAAAGCAUGGAGGAGGAGGUGUUAUGGUGUGGGGGUGCUUUGCUGGUGACACUGUCUGUGCUUUAUUUAGAAUUCAACACUUAACCAGCAUGGCUACCACAGCAUUCUGCAGCGAUACGCCAUCCCAUCUGGUUUGGGCUUAGUGGGACUAUCAUUUGUUUUUCAACAGGACAAUGACACAACACAACUCCAGGCUGUGUAAGGGCUAUUUUACCAAGAAGGAGAGUGAUGGAGUGCUGCAUCAGAUGACCUGGCCUCCACAAUCCCCCGACCUCAACCCAAUUGAGAAGGUUUGGGAUGAGUCGGACGGCAGAGUGAAGGAAAAUCAGCCAACAAGUGCUCAGCAUAUGUGGGAACUCCUUCAAGACUGUUGGAAAAGCAUUCCAGGUGAAGCUGGUUGAGAGAAUGCCAAGAUUGUGCAAAGCUGUCAUCAAGGCAAAGGGUGGCUAUUUGAAGAAUCUCAAGUAUAAAAUAUAUUUUGAUUUGUUUAACACUUUUUUUGGUUACUACAUGAUUCCAUAUGUGUUAUUUCAUAGUUUUGAUGUCUUCCCUAUUAUUCUACAAUGUAGAAAAUAGUAAAAAUAAAGAAAAACCCUUGAGUGAGUAGGUGUUCUACAACCUUUGACUUGUAGCGUAGAUCCUAAAGUUAACUUACAGGACAAAACAUGAACACAGAGCUGCGUACUAGGCCAGAGGCCUGGAAGAUCUAGGAAAUUAGAAUGUAUCAUACAACCUUCCUCAGUGAACCGGAUACAGGAUAAGAGAGAGAGAACAAAUGCAUUUAAUUACAUGUAUAACAUCUGAAGGUGUAACCUUUUCAACCCAAAACCAACCCCCAUUGACCAAUUAAACGAUACCAAGUUGACAGUAACCUGACCACCAAGACCCAACCUCCACAGGGUGUCACAGCAUCUAAAGGCUUGUGUGGGGGAUGAGGCCGAUGUAAAUAAGACAGAGUUCCUGAGAGGAACAUAACACCCCUUUGAGUAAUUCAGAGUUCACCCUGUACAGAUACAAGUUACCACAGAGAUCACACAUACAUAUAGAUUGCAUCAGAGUUGUCCUCAGUGAACAACUUUCAGAUAGAUACCAGACAUGGAUACUAUAGCAUUAUUCUGUCACAAUAGUCAGUCCUCUGGGUACUGUAACUUUGCCUUGAUGUAGGUCCCGUGUAACUCAAUUGGUAGAGCAUGGCGCUUGCAACGCCAGGAUUGUGGGUUCGAUUCCCACGGGAGGCCAGUAUAAAAGAAAUAAUAAUGUAUGCACUCACAGUCGCUCUUAUCCAGUUAGCAAGUCGCUCUGGAUAAGAGCGUCUGCUAAAUGACUAAAAUGUAACAGAGAGAUACAUUUUGGCCCCUCAGAGGGGGAAGGGCUGACUAGUGCAGCUCCAGGUGAGAACACAUCAAUUAGAGCCGAGCCAACAAUGCCCCCCCCUAACUUUAUGCCUAUGGUAGUGAUGCUUAACACGACCUUAUUCCAACACUACCACACAUUUGUCCAGGACAACACCUGCUAGUCAAGCCUUGGGCAAACUUCUACUCUAAGUAACUUGCUAACUUUACUUACAUAUCGGCUACAUAGGUCAGUGGGAAUAGCAAGCAUCAAACGUAGCGCGUCCUUGGGACUGAGCUGGAGGGUAGCGCGUCCUUGGGUCUGAGCUGGAGGGUAGCUGGAGGGUAGCUCGUCCUUGGUUCUGAGCUGGAGGGUAGCUCGUCCUUGGGACUGAGUUGGAGAAAUACUGCUAGAGCGUCAUGCAGCUAACAUCUAAUCCUUAACAACAAGUCACAUGACCCUCUGACCCCUCCUUUGACCCUAGCCCUGUGACCUCUGAACCCCACAGGUCAGAGUGGAACAGGCAGGUAUCAUGGGAAGCACACCUUUGACCAGUUCAGCCACCAUCGGGCGUGUCUGGUCAAGUCCCUGGGCAUGGAGGAGGUCAACAUGGCGCGGUACCCACCCCAGAACCGCCAGAAGGCUCGCAGGGUCAGGCUGGCCAUGAGGACCCCACUGGUCGACUUCUCUAGGAAAACCUACGUGUGGGCCGUCACGGCCACCGUCUUUGCUUUCGGUCUCUUGGUCACCUUGACAGCCAUCCUGCUAAUCGCUGGUGGCCUGAACUGCACCUGUUGGAGGCUCUGGCAAAUCUGGCGCUAGCCGGUCUCUACCUGGAUUGGCCAACGUACAUUCAACGAAAGACAUGUCCCUGUGCCUGUGUCUGGUUCCCCUGGCUUUAGAAUAAUGUCUAAUGUCUUUUGUGUGGCUUUGUGUGUCUGACACUGUGACUAAACACACAAUCCUUGGUGGUGCAAACCCCUGGCUGCUGUUAGUGUUGUCAGCCUGCCACCACCGAUCCUCUGUAAUGACGAUGAGCAACGGAUUUUGCCGAUGGCGGGCUGCUGUAUGCUUGCUAGAUGUGUUUUUCUAAUCUUCCAUUCUAAUCUAACAGCCAAUCUAUCGUUUAUCUUUGUUUGUUUAAAGAUUGUUAAAGCACUGAAAAGUUAGAUCUAAUUUAGGGAUAGGGGGGAUACCUAGUCAGUUGCUCAACUGAAUGCAUUCAACCCGAAAUGUGUCUUCCGCAUUUAACCCAACCCCAUCUGAAUCAGAGAACCACCUGACUGCUUUCACACAUAUCCUAACAGUAAUAGAAGAGGUUUUCUGGAAUGGAAAGCAGCAUACAGUAGCCAACAUAGGGCAUCCUUGAAUUUGGACUAGGGUUGCAAAUUCCAGCAACUUUCCCAAAUGUCCCAGGUUCUCCAGAAAUCCUGGUUGGAGGAUCCUGGAUUUCCUGUUUAUUCCCUCCUGAUUCCGGGAAUCUUCCAACUGGGAUUUCUGGAAAACGCUGCUUGAACAUCAUAACGUCUAACAUCGCUAACCCCACUCCACAGGUCAGAGCGGAACAGGCAGGUAUCAUGGGAAGCACACCUUUGACCAGUUCAGCCAUCAUCGGGCGUGUCUGGUCAAGUCCCUGGGCAUGGAGGAGGUCAACAUGGCGCGGUACCCACCCCAGAACCGCCAGAAGGCUCGCAGGGUCAGGCUGGCCAUGAGGACCCCACUGGUCGACUUCUCCAAGGGCACCUACAUCUGGGCCGUCACGGCGUCCAUUGUGGCUCUGGGACUCCUGGUCGCCCUAACU